GUCUGUGGACGCACAACAAGAGCGUGUCAGCUUGUUUGAACACAGUUGAAAUACUGGAGCUGAGAGACGCCUGUAUCAAGUGUUGCUCUCCCGUUGACGAGGCUAAAUGAUGUCGGCUCCAGAGACGCGCUCUGUGUUCGAGGCCAUCCAGGACCUGGUUCUGAUGGGGGGACUGAGGGAGGUCACUGAUCCCCAGGGCCUGGUGCUGAUGGGGGGACUGAGGGAGGUCACUGAUCCCCAGGGCCAGGCCCAGCACACGGACCCCAGCGCAGGCAGCAGAGAGUCUCCCCCUGGCUGCGGGGAGGUGAACGGCGCGGGUGCGAGGCAGGCGAGUCCUGAGGGUGAGCAGAGUGGAGUCGCGGCGGUCCGAGAGGCCAGAGACGGCUCGCUGCCGGAGGUGUCGGACAGAAUGCUCUGCUCCGCCUGCCAAUCGCCCUUCGACAGCCGAGAGGAGCAGAUGGAGCACUACAAGCUGGACUGGCACAGGUUCAACCUGAGGCUGAGGCUGGCGGGCCGCCCCCCCGUCACAGCGGAGGAGUUUGAGAGGAGAACGGGGACAGGUGACAUGUCCAGCAUCUCUGGCUCAGACUCGGACUCAGACUCGGACUCUGACAGCGACCAGGGUUUCCAUGGAGACGAGGUGACCCCUGCGGGGUCGUGCAGCCCGGUGGAGACGGAGAUGCCCGCAGGUCGUGCGUCCAGUAAGGUGGUGUUCCAGAAUGCCCAGGGCCAGUUCCUGAGUGUGCAGCGCUGUAUUCUACAGGGCAAGAGGGCUGUGGAGGGUGAGGAUGUGGAUCUGGUGACGUCUCUGCUGGCCUUGAGCAGUAAGAGGGUGUGGGUCAUCCUGAUGACAGGAGGGGGGCACUUUGCUGGGGCAGUGUUCCGGGGGAAAGAGCUCCUGCAGCACAAGACGUUCCACCGCUACACGGUCAGAGCCAAGCGCGGAACCGCUCAGGGCCUUCGAGACUCGCAGAACCGGAGCCACGCCCCCAAGUCGGCAGGCUCCACCCUCAGGAGGUAUAACGAAGCCGCCCUGGUGAAGGAGAUCCAGGAGCUGCUGGAGAGCUGGGCGAGUCUGCUGCAGGAGGCGGGCUGUAUCUUCCUGCGUGCGGCCAGCUACAACAAGAGCAUGUUCUUCGGGGGCCGCACCCCUCCGCUGGACAAGAGAGACCCGCGCCUGCGCACGCUGCCCUUCCCCACCCGCCGAGCCACCUGCAGAGAGGUGCAGCGCGUCCACGAGAUACUGGCCACCACACACAUCUACGGUGGCGACGCUGAUCUCUCCAGCAUCUUCAGUCCCUCUAAGAAGGCGUGGAAGAGGAAGGCCAGAGCAGCCGUUACCACGACUACAGAGACCACAGGUGAGCAGGUGGGAGCUCAGGAGGAGGAGGAGGAGGAGGAGAAGGAGGAAGAGUGCGGUGUGGAGCUGGAGACCGUGGAGGUCACUCUGGACACACUGCACCUGCGGGAGCACGAGCUCUACACACACACACACACACACCCCGCCAAGAGGAAGCCACGCCGCCGCAGGAAGGACAAACACACCAAGCACACAGCACACACACACACAGAGGACUCAGGCAGCAGGUUGAGCCCUAGUGAGCAGGUAGGGGAGGGUGAUGAAGAGGGUGAUGAAGAGGUGGAGGAGGAGGAGGAGGAGGAGCCGUCAGACGAGCAGAGGAACAGUAAGGGCCGCGGCAGGAGGAAGAACAAGAGGGCCAAGGACCAGCCACAGAGUGGACACACACACACACCACCACAGGACGAUGUAGCGCUGGAGGGUUGGGACUACAGCUUGAGGGACGCUCUGUACACGGCCUGUAAGACGGGUGACCUGGCGUCCCUGCACACACUCCUCCACCUCCCUCCCCCGCUGCACACACUCCUCCACCUCCCUCCCCCGCUGGACGAGGAUGACCGAGAGGACGACGAGAACAGGGCGACGGACGAGCAGUCAAAGGUCACGACCCCGCUGACCUUCCUAAACCAACCCAUCGACCAAUCAGGGUUCACGCUGCUGCAUGUGGCGUCGGCGGCUGGACAGAAGGGCGUGGUCACUCUGCUGAUGGACGUGGGGUGUGACCCAGCCUGCAAAGAUAAGAAGGGCCAGCCUCCGUACGUAGUGGCCCCUGAGAAGGACACAAGGAACGUGUUCCGCAAAUACAUGGGGGACCACCCGGACAAGUACGACUACACUAAAGCACAGGUGCCAGGGCCCCUGACGGCGGAGAUCGAGGCGAAGAAGGCGGAGAAGAAGAAGGCCCUGAAGACGGCCAAGAAGCAGCGAGAAAAGGAGCAGAGGGAGGUGAAGAGGAAAGAGGAGGAGGAGAAGGAGGAGAAGAAGCGCUUCGCUGCCAUGAGCGACCGGGAGAAGCGGGCGUUGGCGGCGGAGAAGCGGCUGGCAGAGCAGAUGGCCUCCACUGGUGCCCCCAUCAGCAACGUCAAGCGGUGCUGGAUGUGUGGGGAGUCUCUGCUGGGCAAGGUGCCCUUCCAGUACCUGGACUACUCCUUCUGCUCCCCGCGCUGCGUGCAGACGCACCGCAAAGCCAACAACCCCACCGGGAAGCCAUGACCUUUCACCUCCUGACCUCCUGACCUCUGAGCCCUCACCUACCCCAACCCAUGACCUGAGUCACAGACGCGACCGGACCCUGCACACUCUACAAGUGGAUGAAUCUCAAGAGUCCUCUAGACUGGAGACAUGAGUGUGUGUGUGUGUGUGUGUGUGUGUGUGUGUGUGUGUGAGUGAGAGAGAGUGAGAUUGCUUUCAUCGACCCCCAGUACACACAUGAACUCUUGGGUCUGAGACUGUGCCAGUGUUUUAAUAAAAGAGCAGACUGAACGGCCACUCGUAAUCCAGCAUAUUUCACACAUACCUGCAGGACUGCUGUAAACUCCUCUCCCACCUCUCUUAAUCCAGCAUAUUUCACACAUACCUGCAGGACUGCUGUAAACUCCUCUCCCACCUCUCUUAAUCCAGCAUAUUUCACACAUACCUGCAGGACUGCUGUAAACUCCUCUCCCACCUCUCUUAAUCCAGCAUAUUUCACACAUACCUGCAGGACUGCUGUAAACUCCUCUCCCACCUCUCUUAAUCCAGCAUAUUUCACACAUACCUGCAGGACUGCUGUAAACUCCUCUCCCACCUCUCUUAAUCCAGCAUAUUUCACACAUACCUGCAGGACUGCUGUAAACUCCUCUCCCACCUCUCUUAAUCCAGCAUAUUUCACACAUACCUGCAGGACUGCUGUAAACUCCUCUCCCACCUCUCUUAAUCCAGCAUAUUUCACACAUACCUGCAGGACUGCCGUAAACUCCUCUCCCACCUCUCCAGCCACCUUGGGAGCAUGCAGUGGACUGGCUGCCCUCAUAGCUCCUAUGCUGAUGUCCACAGCCCUCUCCAACCAGCUCACCUACACACACUUAAACACCAUCCACAGCUUUCACGACUAGCUCACCUACCCACCUUCCACAGCCUUCAUGACUAGCUCACAUACACACACUCACACCCCUGCCCUCUCCAACCAGCUCACCUACACACACUUAAACACCUUCCACAGCCUUCACGACUAGCUCACCUACACACACUUAAACACCAUCCACAGCCUUCACGACUAGCUCACCUACACACACUUAAACACCAUCCACAGCCUUCACGACUAGCUCACCUACAGUGCACACACUUACACCCUCCACAGCCCUCUCCCAACAUGCUCACCUAUACUUACUGUACACCCUCCACAGCCCUCUCCAACAUGUUCACCUACACACACUUAAACGCCUUCCACAGCCUUCCCAUCCAGAUCACCUACACACACUCACAGCCUACUACUGUCUGUGAGCACACGCACCUCUGCUACAGCCGAACUGAUGAGGACGAGGAUGAAGAUGAAGAUGGUCAUCUUCAUCCUCCACAUGACGGGGCUGACUACAGACCCAGUGAAGGAGUCGGACUUAAAAAUAAGACAAUCAAAACAAUCUGGAGCGUGUCGGGGCUGAUACUACCAGUUAGGACCUAUCACAUGGCUGUGAGGUCAACCUGUUCUGUUCCGUAUGAUGUUGAUACCAUCUGUAGUUUGCAUGUUUGUGUGUGCAGUAUUUCUGAGCCCCAAUGUCUUAACUUUCUCCUGAUGU